GGUAUCUAUUUCCCACAUAGCUUCUAGUAGAACUGAUCACAAUGAUCCUAAACAUCUCUACAGAAGAGACCGAUAAGAAAAACCCCAUUGACUGUCCCUCUUUGGGAAGGCACAACUACUACAUUUUUGUACUGGUUCCGACUGUUUACACCAUCAUCUUCAUCAUUGGUAUAUUUGGAAACAGCUUGGUUGUGAUUAUCAUUUUCUUCUACGUGAAGCUGAAAACUGUGGCCAGUGUAUUUCUGCUUAAUUUAGCCCUGGCAGAUCUGUGUUUCCUAGUAACUCUGCCAUUAUGGGCAGCUACAACAGCCAUGAAGUAUCAUUGGCCUUUUGGCAACUGCUUGUGUAAGAUCACUUCAGCUGCAGCAACCUUCAAUCUUUAUGCCAGUGUGUUUCUCCUGACAUGCCUCAGCAUAGAUCGUUACUUAACAAUAGUACAUCCGAUGAAGGCCCGCCUUCGACGCACAAUGCUCGUUGCCCGGGUAACUUGUAUCAUCAUCUGGCUGUUGGCAGCCCUUGCCAGCUUGCCUGUUGUGAUUCACCGUCGCGCAUACGUCCUUGAAAAUGAAAAUAUCACAGUAUGUGCUUUUUGGUAUAGCACACGGAGGAAUUCAACCAAAAACACAACCAUCAAAAUUGGAUUAGGCAUAUCCAAAAAUAUUCUGGGGUUCUUCAUCCCCUUUGUGAUCAUUUUAAUAAGCUACAUAUUAAUCUGGAAAACUCUGAAAAGGGCUUACCAGUUUCAGAAGAAUAAUGGCAGAGGUGAUGACAUUUUUAAGUUGAUUGUUGCAAUAGUUCUUUUUUUCUUUUUUUCUUGGAUUCCUCAUCAAAUAUUUACGUUUAUAGAUGUGCUGAUUCAGCUUGAUGUGAUUAAGGACUGUGAUGUUGAGGGUAUUGUGGAUACAGCUAUGCCCUUCACAAUCUGCUUAGCUUACUUUAACAACUGCUUGAAUCCUGUCUUUUAUGGCUUUUGGGGAAAAAACUUUAGAAAAUACUUCCUUCAGCUACUCAAAUACAUCCCUCCAAAUGUCAGGCAUUCCAGUCUGUCGACAAAGAUGACCUCCCUUUCAUAUCGACCUUCAGACGACUUAAUCGUCACCAUCAGAAAAAAAGAAUCCCUGGUUGCUGAAUGAUAGUAUGGCAGCACAUUUUUGGCUGUUGGUUGGUCAGAGUGACAAUGCUCAUCUUUUGAUCUGAGAUAUUUCAUCCUUGUGAAAAUUGAGCACUACCUUCAUUUCAUGUUAUGAAGAGGAACAUCUUAACCAAAGAAUGUAGGCAUUCUGCCUUCUGAUGUCAGAGCUUGGUGGGAAAUAAUAUGUGGUAGAACAUCUAAUCCAACUGCAAGUAGAAAAGUCUCUGAAAUUACCUUGUGUUGCCUUAUACAUAGGUGUUAUAUAGAAGGCUUAUUUCCAGAGUCCUGAAAGGAAAGCAAACAUCCUGGUGUGUUUCAAGAAUGUGAAAGAACUCCCUAUUUAACUAUAAUCAGACCCUACAUACACUGCAUUUAAUUACAUACAACCAUCUUCUCCAGAAACUGAAAAGUGGUAGAACUGAACUAUUGUAUAUCAGGAUACUAUGAGGUUUUGAAAUAAGAGUAAAAGUGUAAUAUAAUAUAGAAUGAAUCCAUAUUUAGAUGAACUGUUUUUCAUUGUUCAAGUAACAUUUGCUACAUAUACAGCUAAAUGUACCACAUUCAAAUAUAGCACUGUUUCUAAAUGCAGUUGAAAAAAGGUUCAUUCUGGAGAUAUUUCCCUCUCUUUGAGCUCUUGGCAAAUAUGUCUGUGGAAAGUUUCUGUUUACUUUCACACAACUUCAACUGCCUUAUAGAAGUACAGAGCUACUACUGUUUAUUUAAUGCAGUUCCUUUCAAAAUGGGAAAUGGGCCUUAUGGUACAGAAAAGUGUUGAUAAUACAGCCUUUCCUAAACCAGUGUCUUCUAGAUGUACUGGAUUACAACUCCAGUGAUUGCUGUACUGACAGCUUAGUGUAAUAUAUCUGGAGGACACUAUGUGGAGGAAGUUCAUUUGUACAAGGAAAAGUGAGCACAUUUCAGUCAUUUUUCAAGUCUCCCAAAGUGUUGAUCCACUUCAGUGGCAGCCAAUCACUUGCCCACUUGGAAUUUUACCUCAUAAAGUGUCCUUUUGUAUCUGUGGGAUUGGUCCAAGAAUCAUAUUGAUGUAUGUAAAUCUCCUCUGUGAAAAUGAUUCAUGCCAAAAACAAUAAUAAUAAUAAUAAAAGCCAGUUUUCAUUAGAAGCACCAUUUAACUACUUUACAUUCAUUUAUUCUGCUAUCCAUGUAAAUAUCCUUCUACAAAAAGUUAAAAAAAUAUUGUGUUUUAAAUCAAUAUACAGUCAUUCUUUGUCAAGUGUGAGGGUCCCAUUAAAAAAAAAUCCCUAGGGUUAGAUAAUUCCCAAUUGGUAAAUUUAAGGCCUUGUGGAAAAAAUAGGGUUAGAACUAAGUCAUGAUUCAACCUACUAAAAUCCCUCAUUUUUUACCCCAUAAUAAAAUAAAACAACAUCAAAGGAAAGAAAUAAAAGGAAACAAUAUGAAAGAAAAAAUGAAAGCUGACUGAGAAGGAAUGACAGCAGAAAAUAUAGCUUCUGUCCUUUUAUCUCUCAUGAGAAGAAAAUGUCAGCCAGCGCAUACCCGUCCACCCCCAUUACUGAUCUUACACAACCUUGUGGAUUCAAUUCAAUUCAAUUUCAUUCAAUUUAUAUAGCUCCCCAUCUCACUUACACGACCCUGGGUGGCUUACAAGUUAAAACAGCAAAAACCAAAUUUAUAUAAAUAAAAUUAAAAACAAUUUCAACAAUAAAUCACAAACAUAAAAGCAUGGAAGAAUGCUAAUCAAAGCUCGCAUACAAAGCAGCCAUCUUGCAGACUCCCCACAUCCACAGGAUCCACAGGCCUGAAAGCACAGUCACGUCUUCAGGGACUUCCUAAAGGCCAACAAGGUUGGAGCCAAUCUGACCUUGGGGGAUGAUGUUCCAGAGGGCAGGCACCACGAAAAAGGCUCUCUUCCUGGGCCCUGUCAGAUGAAACUCUUUUGUAGACAUGACCUCCAAUACGCCCCUUCUGCCAUAUCUGAUGGGACGGGUAAAUGUAACCGGGGGGAGGCAGUCCCUCAAAUAACCCAAUAUAUGAACAAGACAGUGCCAUUAAAGUAUACCAGAAAAUGAACCAAAAGGAUACUCAGAGUCUAUGUGAAACAAGCUUGCACAGCAAUAAUUAGGAAUGCAUGAUGUCUUGAGGAAGUUUGGUACAAGAUAGGCUAUGUCAGUAAUAAAAGGAAAGACGUAUAGUAUAGAACCUCUGGUAGGAUCAGUAGGUAUUAAAAUCAGAUGGAUUUAUUUUCUCAUUGCAAACUAAGCACAUGUGCUCUGUAUUCUUUCGGCAGCUGUUAUCAAUCCCCAGAGCUCUUAAUCACUAUAUCUGUGUGUAUAUACUUUGCAUACUUUUAAAUCUGUAGAACAGACUUAUGUGUGCAAAGAAAAUCAUGCAUACACGAACACACACAUAAACACACAAUCUAAUUAAAAGUACCCUUGAUAUCACAGUGAGGAUUUAUAUCCAGUAUUUCAACUCAGUAUCCAAUAAUGGUCAAAUAACUGCAAGCAAAGAAGACAGAUUAAUAACCAUACCAGAACCUAGGAUUGGUGCUUCUAAGUCUGUGUAAAACUGGCUAUCUUAGUCUCCAGGUGGCCAAUCCUACAUUGCCAAACAGUGGAAGGAAAUGCAUUACUUGUUUAACAUUAUUGUAAUAGUAUAUGACAACUUUCCUUUAAGAAAAAUAUAUAUUCUGAUACCAUCUGCUUUGAAGAUAGUAGAAGGAUCCUGCAUCUCCAUUAACAUCUCUGUGGGUGCACUGGCUACCAAAGCAUUAAUUAAAUGUAAGACCUUUAAUUAAAACAUUACUUUAAGGCCUUUAAUUAAAACAUUGUGUUCCUCCACCUGCUACUGUACCAACUCUUCACUAUUGGCAAUGUUGACUAGGGCUAUUAGGAGUCAUAGCUUAGCAGCAUCUUUUAAGAAAAUGAUAUAUUACACUGCCAUAAGUCAUUAAGGUACAGGUAGCAAAGGAGAAUUGUGGCUGGUCCAAAGCAUUCUCUUGCAUAAAGAUUCUCCAAGUAUGGAGGACUCAAACUGCAUAGGGAAUAAGGUGGAAUAUGAUGUCCACAUACUCUGCUGGGAAGUCUGAAGGACAGCAGGAUCCAUGUAUGCAUCAAUGCAAGUACAACUAUUUGCAAGAGCUGAGACAAAAUUUUAUUAAAAUCUUAGAUCAUAUGGCAAGAUGAACUCAAGGUCAAACGUGAGUGCAGCUGUCCUUUAUAGUUCCAGCUGAAUGUCUGCAUUUUGUUCUUAAAGGAGCAAUAUAAAAUUAUGCAUUUACUUUGUCAUCUUCAUUUCAGAGUGUCAUCUUGAAAAUAAAUCAGAUUGCUUACUUGUUAAACAAAAAACAUACAUUUAACACAGGAAUUUUUUUUUCAAUUAUUGCCACAUCUAAAAAAAAACACUUUUUUUUUUCUGCUGGCAGAAUUCUUUUUAAAUGUUGGCUUGCUGAACUUGUAAAUGAAACUAUAUUUAUUUCUAUUUAUAAAUAACAGAGCUUUAUUUUACUCAUUUCCUCCCAUCAUGGAUAUAAUGCUCUUUCUUGGAAAUAUAGUAUAAAAUGUAAACAUCCACAGAAUGAAUUAACUUGCAGAAAGGUAACAAUCAGUCGGUGGUACACAAAACAUGCCAAAAGAAAUGUCUUUUUGAUGAUGUUUUGUUAGUGAUUCCACAAUAGUAUGUGCUUGGAAGGACUGAUAUUAGAAGUCUGUUGAAAGUGUCUAUGAAUUUCCUGUGGAUUUAAUUUCUUUUAAUAGUCUCAUCAUUGCAUACAUACCAAAUAUACAUUGUAUCUGAAGUUCAGUUCAUGUUUGAUAAGUCUAAUAUCAAAACCAAACAAAAUGGUAAUGUAUACAGUUUCUUUGUUGGCUCAGUAUGUUGUAGCUAAUGUUCAAAUGCAUAGCAGAAAAACCAUCUAUAUCAUAUAGAUUCUAUAUCUUAUGAAAGCUGUGAAAAACAAAGUUCAUAUAUAUUAGUAUUUCAAAAUAUCGUAAUUGUUCUCACAUUUGUGUUAUUAUGGAUGAUGUCACCAGUUAAUCCCAGACCCAGCCAAUGCUAUUUCUUAAAAAGAAGCAAAUGUGGUCAUUCCUUUCAGCAACCUAAUUAAAAGGACUCAUGAUAAAGCAGAGAUCCAUGUACAUUGGAAUGCUUACAUGGCAGUCUUCCAUUUGCUGGCCCACUCACUUUAGUGGAAGUGGCUAUUUCAUUUAAAAAGACUGUCCUUGGAUUUGUUACCACUAUCUUAGCAACUAAGUGCCUUGGGGCCAGGUUUCUGAAAAACCAGUUUCUCCCAUGUGAACUCAGACUUUCUGCUAAACAAGCCCACUCUUCAAGUGUCAAAUAAAGGAUGAACUACCCCAGUAUACUAGGAUCCAAGAUACAGGAAGACCUUCAAGGAAGGCAUAUUCAGAACUAUAUUUGCUUUCUUCAGUGCCAGGAGAAGACCUUUCUCUUUACCCCAGCUUUUUAAAUAACUCAUGUGGUCUGGUCUGUUUGGGUUUUCUUUUAAAUUUUUUAAAUUGCUGUAUACUUGUUUUUUACUGUGUUCAUUUGGUUCUGAAUUUUUAAUGUUACUUGUUUAACCAUUAUCUCUCUGUAAUAGGGAGGCAUUCAAACAUCAUCCGUAAAUAAAACAGUUGCUGAAAUCAA